UAUUUGUGAAAAAGAAUGUUCGUGAUACUGUAUAAGAAAGAAUUUACUAUAAUUUCAUGUGAUGACUUGUAUAUGAAUAAUAAUUAUAAUUAUUUUCCUUUAAAAAAUUUUAAGAUAGUCAUUAAGCAAUGUGUAAUGAGUGUUAAUGUAUGUAUGUGAAAUAGAAUGUUUGCUAAUUUUAUUUUAAACUCUCUCAUCAAACGAGUUACAUGUAUUAAAAAUUAUUUGUACACUUAAUAUAAUGGAUACUUUAAGUUAUUUGAUAUGUUUGUUUUUUUUAUUAUAUAUUUUUCUACCAACCUCUUUCUAAAUCCCUUCCUCUUGAUCUUAUUGCGAUUAUUAGUCAACGCACUCCUAAAAUAGUUCGUGUGCGUUACAUUUCUUCGUAAAAUGAACUCUUCACGAUACUAAUAUAUUUUCACGAUUUGUCGAAAAAAAAAACUAAAAUGCUUUCUUUAAAGAUACCAAACAAACCUGUACUAACAAAUAAAUUAUAUUAAUUGAUUUAUUCAUUUUUGAUAAAAGGUCAUGAACAUUUUUAGAAUGUACUGGCACCAGCAUAAAUUUUGUCAUUAUGUCGUUCCUAUGACAAUAAUCUAAAAACUGCACUCCAUAUACACUUGCAUUCUUAUAAAAUGCAGAAUUCAUUAUUAUGAACAAUUAGAUACUUUUUCAUCAUGGUUACAGUAUGUACAUUUAUACUCACUGUGUUGCUAAUUUUCAAUUUUUCAUUAGCAGAAGAAGAUUCCAAUGUCAUAUAUCUUCAAGUAGACUUCAAUAACGUAAUAGAGAAUCCAAUAACACUGAUAGCAUUCGGACAGAAUAUUGAACUUAAGUUGAAAAGAAAUAAUAAAUUAUUAUCACCAAGUUUUAAAAUUUAUCAUCAUCCUAGACCAGAUUUUAUUGAAGAAAUAAAAGAUAUUGGUGAAAUUCCAUCUUGUCAUUAUCUCCAUGAGGAUAAUUUGAGUAUUGGUGCUUUAAGUUUUUGUAAUAAAGGAGUGCAAGGAUUAAUUGUAAUCAAUGAUACAGUUUUAGAAAUCAAUCCAUUGUAUGAAGAAGAAGUGAUUAUUGAAAAUCUCAAAUUUGAUAACAAUAUUCCUCAUUUAGUUAAAAGGUCAUAUAUUUCUAGAAAACUAUCAAACGAUCAACAACUUAAUUCAUUUCUGAAUCAUUUAAAAGUUAAACAGUUAAAUGAUAAAGACAUUUACUAUGAAAAUAAUUUACCAAAUAAUCUUUCAAGAAGACAAAAAAAAAGAAAUGUAGACGAAAUAAUUAUUGAAUUAGCUAUUUUUUUUGAUGAGCCUGGAUAUAAAAUUUUUUCACCAUUCUUCAAAAAUAAUGAUGAAAAAAUUCGAGACAUGUUAUUGGCAUAUAUAAAUUCUAUUCAAGCUUUAUUUUAUCAUCGUAGUCUUGGAAUAAGAAUCAACAUAGCUUUAGUGCGGCUAGACAUAAUGAAACAUCAACCAAUUGAUCUUCCUCAUUACAGUGGUGAAAGGCUAAAACUUUUAAACUCAUUUUGUAAUUAUACUGCUUCAAUUAAUCCCCAUGAUGACGAGAAUCCUAAUCACUGGGAUAUGGGACUUUAUAUAUCAGGUCUAGAUUUCUAUGCCUAUGAAAAUGGUAGAAAAGAUGGAGUAACAAUGGGUUUAGCUACCGUUUCUGGAGUAUGUCUACAUCAAUAUUCUUGUGUCAUUGCUGAACUUGGAGUUACUAACCAUUUAGGGAAACCGUAUCCCUCUGCUGGAUUUACGUCAGUUUAUAUAGCAGCUCAUGAAAUUGGUCAUAACUUAGGAAUGCAUCAUGAUUCUAAAGGAAAUUCAUGUACUCGAGAUGGAUUUAUUAUGUCUCCUAGUCGAGGAACAUCUGGAGAAACUAUUUGGUCUUCUUGUAGCCGAGAAAUAGCUAUUAAUCUUCCAAAAACAAAACCAUGUCUAUUAGAUAAACCUCAACCAAGAUCUGAUAAAAGUUUGAAUCAUGAGAAAUUUUUGACAUUACCCGGAAGAGAAUGGACUGCAAAAAAACAAUGUGAAUUAUUAUUACGUGACAGAGAUGCUCAGGUUGUAACUCUUACCAAUGCGUGCCAAUCUCUUCAAUGUCAUAGUCCUCAUCGUAGCGGCUAUUACUUUGCUGGACCUGCUUUAGAUGGUACCAUUUGUGAAGAAGGAAAAGAAUGUCGUGGCGGUGAAUGUCUUCCUGCUCUGCACUUUUUAAAACCUAAUAAACGUCCUCCAUAUAAUAAUCAAAUAGGUUGGAGUAAAUGGACAGAAUCUUCUUGUUCUAGUGGAUGUAUUAAAAAAUCUAAAGGAUUUAAAUCUAGGAAAAGAGUUUGCAAGAGUAACCUUGAAGAUAUAAAAGACUGUAAAGGGUCUUAUUAUAAUGUAAUUUUAUGUCAGGACGAUAAGCUUUGUAAAAAACGUAUUACUGCUGAAGAAUAUGCAACUAUGAAAUGUCAAGAAUUCAGUGAAAAAAUUCCAGAAUUAGACAAGAGUGGUUUAGGACUUCAAGCACCGCAUGAAAUGGAAAGACCAUGGAUGGGUUGUGCUAUUUUUUGUAAAAGAGUUGAUAUUGCUUCCUACUAUACACCGAGAAUUGAAUUGAAUGAUUUAGGAAUAGAUCCGUAUUUUCCUGAUGGAACAUGGUGUCAUCGAGAAAAUGGAGAAGAUUACUUUUGUCUUCAACAUCAUUGCUUACCCAGUAGUUUUAGAUUUCCUAAAGAUGGUUCAUUACAAAGAAAUUUCAUUGAUGUAGAAUUAGGUCCCCAGAAUGCUCGUCCUGAUGGUAACCUUGUAGCAGACGAUUUAAUUAAAUAUUUUAGUUUGGGAAUGGAUGGCUUACCUUUAAAUAAAAAUUUACCAGAUGUAAUUACUCCUAAUGAAGAGAAAUGGGAAGACACAGAUUAUAUUGAGCUUCCUGAUGAUCUUCAGUAGCAAUUGAUGAUAUUAUCAGAAUUCUAUAUAUUUCAAUCCAAUAUUA